AUGAAUAAUCCCUAUGCGAGGAUAUUUAACGUUUCCAGAUCGUUUGGAAGGGUAUUGAUUACCAGAAGCUAUGUGGCUUCUAAGAGUUCAACUUCAGGCACAAAGUGGAGUCCUGUUCAUAACCGUAAGGACAAAAAGAAUACUCCCAAGAAAAACGCGGUACAUGGCCAACCUAAGAAUGAAAAGAAACAGCGGUUCGAAUUCGGAGAAUAUGGUAAACUAUCUGAUGGGGAUGCAAAUGUGCUAGAAAGAUCGCAAAAACUAGUUUCGAAGAUUACGGAUUUCGAUAGUUUGAAGUUGUUACCAGAUGUGAGAGAGAAAAUGAUUGAUAUCAUAUCCAGUGAGUCCUUGUUGAAUAAAAAUAUACAGAACAUUGGAUACAAUCCAGAAGAUAAGUCCGUUCAAGAGUUCAAAAAGACUGUGAAGCCUUCACCUAUUCAAACAACCGCUAUUUAUCAACUAUCCAAGACACUAAUGAAGCCAGAGCUUCAGGUACGCCUAAUUGCUGCUGAAACAGGAUCAGGAAAAACGAUGGCUUACUUGAUACCACUUGUAGAUUACCUAAAAAGAACAGAGCUUGAGAAUCCUACAGUCUGGGAGUCUAUGAAAAAUAAAGCUAUUGUUCGCUCCAUCAUUUUAUUACCUACACAUGAACUUGUUGAACAAGUGUAUCAAACCGUUUCUAAAUUAGAGCCUGCCCUUGGUAUGAAUACUUACAAAUGGGAUGCCGGAUCCUCAUAUAAAGGUUUUGUUGACGCAUUAAAGGGAAGAAUAGAUAUUAUGGUCACUACUCCAGGAAAAAUUCUAAGUUUAUUUAAGAUUUCGAUGGUCUCUAGACCAGAUAGAAUUCUUUCACAAGUUAAAUUCUUGGUUAUGGAUGAAGCAGAUACCCUUCUUGAUAAAUCCUGGGUAGAAGACUCUUAUUCAACUAUUAAGCACAUGCAGAACUUAAAUCAUGUAUUGUUCUGCUCUGCCACCAUUCCAAAGGAGUUUCAAAAGACUAUUACUAGACUCUUUCCCGAUGUUGGAGUUAUUGCAUCACCAAAUCUCCAUAAGAUAAAUCACAAGAAUGAUAUCAAGCUAAUUAAUGCAGACAUGGCUCCUUAUAAAGGCUCGAAGAUUAAGGCAUUGGCUCAAAUUCUAUACUCUAUCAACAGAGAUAAUAUUGAUCCUGGUUUUGAAAAAAGAGCAGUUGUAUUCGUAAAUGAAAAAACUUCUGUGCCAAUUGUAGCUGCAAAACUUGCGAACCAGUAUGGUCAUGAUGUUGUAGCCCUAACUGGUAGUGAUACUGUUGAAGAAAGGCUCGAAAAAAUUAAGCCCUUUAUGGACCCUGCCAAAAAAAUAAAUAAGUCUCCCUCGAAGCCUGUAGCUGAUAGUAAUAAAGUCUUAAGAAAAAUUCCAAAUUCAAAUAUUGUUAUUGAGGAAGCUCCGGACAAAGCUGAAGAAGCAACGGCUGAAAGCACUUUGAAAGUAUUAGUCACUACCGAUGUUUUAGCAAGGGGAAUCAACUUUAGAAGUUGCAGAUAUGUUGUUCUAUAUGAUAUUCCAAAUACAUCUGUUGACUUGGUUCAUCGUAUCGGAAGAACCGGUAGAAUGAAGCAAAAGGGAUCAGUGUUUAUUAUCACUGGAAAGCGCGUUAAGAAUUGGGUAAAAGCUAUCCCUUCUAUAGUUUCAAAAAAGGUUACCAUCUCUUAG